ACCAGGCCCCUCUGAAGGCAGUGAUUGUGAUUAUCCUUAUCAGGCACCAGGGCCUUACAUCAACCAUAUACUCCCGUGAGAAAGACAGAAGGAAAAGAGAAAAUGGAUGGGAUUCAACAAGUAGCCUUACCCGUACUAGGAAUUGUAGCAGCUGCAGCUGUUACCUUCUACGCUGUAAGCUUUUCUGAGCUUAGAGAGAAAUCUUUUAAAGAUUUAGAAGAUUCAGAGGCUGAAAAUGGUGGAUUCAAGUAUGUGAGCUCAAGAGAGAGGCGGGCAAGAAGAAAAGCAGAGAAAGAAUCCAAAGGUUGAACACAGAAAGCAAUCCUAAAAAGAGUAUUUCCUUUUCUUAGACGUUGUUUUUGUUUGUAGAAAAAGGAGAUGACAAUCGUUAUAUUUAUCCAAUAAAAAAUGCCAUCCUUUUUUUGUUCUUCUUUGUCUUUUGAGAUUGUUGUUCCAAAAAUUACCGAUCAAAGAACUUGUGGGCAUCUGUGUUCACACAUGGAGCUUCCAACAGUAGAUGUAUAAGGAAUUCUUCUUAUUUUGUAGGGGCAUGAUACUAAAUUGAUUUCAAAAUA